AUGAGGACAAAACCUCCUUUGUCAAAACCACUCAUAGAAACUCACUCGACGGACUCCCUACUUUUAGAUGCCAACAGCCUUGACUCUGACCGCUACUGCCUCAUUGGAGCAGACCUUAGGGACAUCUCCAGCCUGGAUGAAAAGCUAAAGAAGUUCCAUUUGAACACAGAAUUGCCGACAGUCUUUGUGUCAGAGUGUGUCCUCGUGUACAUGUCCCCUUCGCACUCUUCUAACCUGGUCCGCUGGGCCUCGGACACUUUUCACACUGCUAUGUUCAUCAACUAUGAGCAGGUGAACAUGGGCGAUCGGUUUGGUCAGGUGAUGAUAGAAAACCUACAGCAUCGUAACUGCAAUCUGGCAGGAGUGGAGGUCUGUCAGAGUCUGGACUCUCAGAGGGAGAGGUUUCUGAGGAGUGCCUGGGAGCACGCAGAUGCUUUGGACAUGAUGACCGUAUAUAGUAUGCUCCCCCAGGAAGACGUGGAGAGAAUCGAGCGACUGGAAUUCCUCGAUGAGAAGGAGUUACUACAGCAGCUGCUCCAGCACUACAGCAUUUGUUGGGCCACGAAGGACAAGCUGAACCUGGGGCUGGUGCACUUGGCAUUUUGA